CUGCAAACACCGCCAGUGGACGCAGGGGGGAAAGAGGAAUCGGUACAUCCACUAGCUCCGAAUUCUAGUUGCUAGCUGCCGGUAUUGCGUCAAAGCUGUUACCAUGCGGCUGCGUGCCACUGAAAGCUUGAGCCACCUUCGUUUGCUUGCUUAACGACCAAACCCCCCCUCACUCAAAACUGGCAGACGUUGCACAGUAUAAAGUCGCAGGCUUCUGCACCUUUCUCGAUUGACUGUUGUUUCUUUGCUACCAUGGCUUCCUUUAAGCUAAGCGACUCCAAAAUGCUCGACUUCAAGGAACUCGCCGGCGCUGCAGUUGCAGGCGUUGUCGUCCUCUACACACUAUCCCAUCUCAACACAGCGCUGCGUCGCUACCGUGCGGCGAAGAAGGCCGGAUGCAAGCCACCUGUGCCUGUCUUUGCUGCAGAUAGCAGCGGCUUCCGCAUCGUCAAGGAGGUGGCUAAGGCGAUGGAUGAGAAGGCAUUCCCACAGUGGGUGCUGAAGCAGUUCCGCCUGACAUCGGAGGAGCAGGGCCGCGAGGUUAAUACGAUGACCUUUGCGAUCCCACUGUUCGACCAGAGUAUUGUCACUAGGGAUCCUGAGAAUAUCCAGGCCAUCUUGGCCACCCAGUUUGCCGAUUUUGGGCUUGGUCCUAACCGUUGCAACGGCUUCAAGCCACUCCUGGGCAAUGGUAUUUUUGCAACGGACGGAAAACCAUGGGAGCAUUCCCGAGCACUACUUCGACCAUCGUUUGCGCGGUCUCAGAUUUCCGACCUCGAGGUCGAAGAACGCCAUGUCUCAUCGCUCAUGAAGGCGCUCGAAAGCCACCUCAGCAAGGACAACGGGUGGACAGGCAAAGUCGAUCUUCUCCCGCUCUUCUUCAACCUGACCCUUGAUUCGUCCACUGAGUUUCUGUUUGGCGAGUCGGCCGGCACGCAAGUGGCUGCCCUGACCGGCACCUCAAACAACACCUUUGCUGACGACUUCAACGACUCGCAGCUGGUGCUUGCGCUGGCCAGUCGUCUCGGCCCAUACUACUGGACGAUGCACAACGCGGCGUUCCGCAGGUCGGUCAAACGCACACACGAAUACGUCGACAAAUUUGUCAACAUUGCCCUGCAGUCCGAUGGAAGCUCCAAGGGUAAGACGGGCGAUGGCAAGGAAAAGUACGUCUUCUUGGAGGAGCUUGCACAAAGGACGCGCGAUCCCGAGGAGCUUCGUUCUCAGCUUCUCAACAUUCUCCUGGCUGGCCGCGAUACCACGGCGUCCACUAUGGGCUGGUUCUUCUACCUCAUGGCGCUGGACGAGAACCGGGAGACGUACAACAAGCUCCGCACAAUCAUCCUCGAGACCUUUGGCACCUAUGCCAACCCCAAGGACAUUACCUUUGAGUCCCUCAAGAACUGCCGCUACUUGCAAUGGUGCCUGAACGAGACGCUGCGUGUAUACCCUGUAGUUCCAUACAAUGGCCGCGCUGCUCUCCGAGACACGACACUACCUACUGGUGGUGGCCCUGAUGGCAAGUCUCCCAUCUUUGUAAGGAAGGGCCAGUCUGUCGAGUACUCUGUCAUCGCCAUGCAUCUCCGCACGUCGCUCUGGGGCGAAGAUGCCGCCAGUUUCCGCCCUGAACGCUGGGAGGGCCGUCGCCCCGGCUGGGACUAUCUGCCCUUCAACGGCGGCCCCAGAAUCUGCAUUGGCCAGCAAUUCGCCCUCACCAGUCUUGGAUACUGGAUUGUGCGUCUGAUGCAGCGUAUUGACCGCAUUGAUGGCUCCGAAGUCGGCGACGUCAAAUACGAUGCCUCCCUCACCAUCUGCCCUGGCGCCGGCGUCAACGUCAAGGUGCAUUUUGUCGAUGCCGAAUAAUCCAUGUAUAACACACAACAUAUAGCACAUUAAUUUGCCUGUCAAACUACACUCUUAUCUUUCCGACUUUCUUUCAAUACAUAUAUCAUUUUCUCUUCU